AUGAAAAGGCUUCGGGGGCGACUUGAGGCCUUGCUGCUCCUGCAGGUGCUCGUGUUAAUGUGUUGGUGGGUUGGCAGCUCGUCGGCUUGCGUCGCCGGAGCCGACCCCGUUCAACCUUCUAGCGAAGAUAUGGCGCCUCAGAACAGGGUGUUAUUUCCCGUUGAUGGGAACCACUCAUUAACCGUUUUCUACGAUGAAGAUUUGCAUUGCCGCGAGGACCGUCCUAAGGGCAAACUCCAAGCAACCGAAGCGGACGUGGUGCAGAAGCUCAAGGACUCCGAGACCUUCCGGCGUUUCCUUUCGAAUGUGGAGCAGCCGCUUUCUCAAAUAGAUUUAUCCCAUUAUUACUAUUACGCGAUAGGCGUCCUAUACUCGAAGGAUGCGAAUUUUACCGAAUUCGUCAGCCGCGUGCAGGCCGGUGCCGCCGCCGGGCAUAGCCGUCUCCACUGGAUUUUAGGGGUUCUCUACGCCAACGGCCUUGGGGUUCCGCGUAGUGAGGCGAAAUCCCUCCUCCACAUCACCUUUGCCGCGCUCCAGGGCAUCCCGGAGGCGCAUCUGGCGAUUGCGUAUCGCCAUAUCUUCGGGCUUGGGGUGAAUCAGAGCUGCGAGCAGGCGCUUCCGCACCUCCGCGAGGCCGCGGAUGCCGUCUCGAUGACCUACGACAGCACCCUAACCCCCUCCCACGUCUUCCACACGGAGCGCUUCAGCGCGGUUGGGUUGGAGCAAAUUCAGGAGGGCGCGAAGCAGCGUAAGCUCACGCUCGAUUCCCUUCGUUACCGGGCCGAUAACGGGAGCCCCGAGGCGAUGGUGCAGCUCGGUUACACCUACCUCAUCGGGAAGGAUGGGGCGCCGCGGAGUUGGGGCCGGGCGCGGGCGUACUUCGAGCAGGCCGCGCGGGAGGGCUACCCUCGCGCGUACGGCGCCCUCGGCCAGCUGCACGUCCUCGGCGACCGCCGCUCCCUCCACCCGCCUUCGCAGGACCUCGAGAAGGCCGCGCACUACUUCGAGCUCGGCGCCCGCCACGAGGAGCCGUCCUCGCUGAACGGGAUCGGCUACCUGCACGCGAUUGGGUUUUUACCCCGCGAUCGGAAGGCCCCUGGGGCGGGAGGGGGGGAGGGAAAGGGGUUCGCCGCGCCCGAUUACGAAACCGCCGCGCGGUAUUUCAACCGAAGUCGACUGCAGGGGAGUGUGGAAGGGGCCUACAACCUUGGGGUCCUUUACCACCACGGCCGUGGCGUUCCCGCGGAUUCGAAGCACGCUGCGAAGCUUUUCCAGGUGGCGGCCGCCCACGGCAGCGUCCUGGCGUUAUGGCAGAUCGGGCAGCAGCGGCAGGCCGAGGGGGAUUGCUGGGGGGCGGUGGAGUCGUUUCGGAUGCUCGUCGAGCACGGCUCCUGGGCGGAUCCGUCGCUGCAGGGAAGUAUGAUGUCGUUUUGGAUUUCCAUGGACUCUGACGCCAACGCCGAUUCAGGGUUGGCGUCGGAUGCCUCCGCGCGUUUUUCUUUCUCCUCCGCCGCCUCUUCCUUUGGCGUUUUCUUCUCCUCGUUGCUUCCUUCCUCGUGGCGGGGGCGGCGGUUGGGGUCCUCCAAACCCGCCCGCGGCGACGUCGGGGAGGGGCAGGCGCGCGAGGCGGCGAAUCAAACGGAGGGGAACGCGUCGGAGGUGCCCGCGUUGCGCGAUACGAAGGCGGCCACGCGACGACGCCGCGUGGAGGCGUUGGAGGCGAUUUCCCGCAUCCGUCAGAUCCUCGACGGGAGGGAUCCCACACCCGUUCUCGUGCGUUUUCUCGAGGCGUUGCUGCUCGCGGAGAUGGGGCACUCCGCGCACGCCUUCACCGCCGCCACCCUCCUCGACGAGGAGCUCGGCGUCGUCGACGAGGAGCUGCGGGAUGCGGAUUUGGUCGCGGCCGGGGUGGUUGAGGCAGGGAAUCCGAGCUUCGCGCGGGGCAAUCAGAUCUCCCGCGCGAUCACGACGAGUGCGGGUCCGAGCAUUCUCACCCUUUUUUGGGAGUUCCCCGCGCUCAUUCGCGAUCGCGACGACGCGGCCGCCACGCCGGGGAUCACCCCGUGGCUGCUCUCCCAAAAGGAGGCCAAGGCCCUCCUCCUGCUGCGACUUCUGCGGAUGUGUGGGGAGCACCACAGCAAGGCGAGGCUGCGGAUGGGGAAUUUCUACUACUACGGGGAGUCCGCCCUGCUCGGGGUGAACGACGGCGAGGCGUUUCAUCACUACUACGCCGCGGCGGAUCGCGAGAGCGCGCAGGCGAUGUUCAACCUCGGUUUUAUGUAUCAGGUGGGGUUGGCGGGGAAGCACGGGCGCGGGGCCGCCGCGGCGGCCUUCGCGGACCAUUUUUUUGAGAUGCCGUGGUGCGAGGCGGUGGGGGAGGGCGCGCGCGCGCUUCUCGCGUGGCGGCCAAUCCCGGAUCCCCGCUCACCGGGCGAUUCCCUACCACCAACCCCCCCUUUUCCCCUUUCCGGCAGCGUGGCGGCGUACGAUAUCGCGGAGUCGAACCGCGCUCGCUCGCGGGGGGUGCCGAAGGCGACCUUUUGGCGCGUCUUUCGCGCAGAUCCCGAGCUCUACGACGCGGUUGAUCUGAACCUCGCAAAGCAGUGCUACGAAAAGACGCUGGCGAUCAACCCUCAAGUGUACUUUGCCGUCAAGAUUGCCCUCUUUUCAGUGAAUUUGCAGUGGUGGUGGAUGUACUUUUCGCUGGUCCCUGGGGGGCUGCUGCGGGAGUGGGGGAUCUCAAUGCCGUUUUACCGGCCUCCCCCCAACAUGAGUGGGAGGGAGGUGUGCUAUGUGAGUAGUUUGGGUUUGCGGCGAUGUAUUAUCGAUCGCGAAAGUACAUGGAUACAGGUGUCUCUUCAGGAUGGUUUCUUGGUAACAUUUUUAUGGCUACGGUCGCAGUUAUGGGGAAUUAUUUGGGCGGUAUGGCCAUGGAUAGAAAGCUUGGAGACGUUUGUCGGCUACACGGCGACGGUUUUGCUUUUUGUGUUCUUAGUUCUCCGGCAUCACGCAACGUGA